AUGACUCAAAAAUUGAAUCUCCAUUUGAGAGCAGAGACCAAGCCACUCGAAGCCAGAGCUGCUUUGACUCCAACCACCGUUAGGAAGUUGCUUGCCACAGGUAAGUUCAACAUUUUCGUGGAAAAGAGUAAGCAAUCUGCUUUCAGUACCGAAGAAUACAAAGAGGCAGGCGCUCAGAUUGUUGAGGCUGGUUCUUGGGUGAAUGCUCCUAAGGGAACAAUUGUUAUUGGCUUGAAGGAACUUCCAGCUGAGAGUUUCCCAUUGAAGCACGAGCAUAUUCAAUUUGCUCACUGCUACAAGAAUCAAGAAGGCUGGCAAAAGAUUCUAGAACGUUUCCCACUUGGAGGAGGUAUUUUAUACGAUUUAGAGUUCCUCCAGGAUGGACGUGGACGCAGAGUCGCUGCAUUUGGUUUCUAUGCUGGUUUUGGAGGUGCUGCUGUUGGAUUGGAGGAUUGGGCCUUCAAGCAAUUGUAUCCUGAAAGUGCAGAUCUUCCAGCUCUUAGCCCAUACAAGAAUGAGGACAUGAUGGUGGCUGAUGUGGCUGGACUUUUGUCUCAGGCAGUCAAGGCCAAGGGAAGAUAUCCUAAGGUUCUUAUAAUUGGAGCUCUGGGACGUUGUGGAUCCGGUGCAGUUAAGAUGUGCAGAAGAGCUGGUCUUCCGGAGGAGAACAUUCUUAAGUGGGAUAUGGCUGAGACCAAGAAGGGUGGUCCAUUCAAAGAGAUUGUUGAAGCUGAUGUUUUCGUCAACUGUAUCUAUUUAAACAAGCCAAUUGCACCAUUUGUUACCUUGGACAUGCUCAACGAUGAAAACAGAAAUCUUAGAACUAUCGUUGAUGUUUCGGCGGACACUACAAACCCAUACAAUCCAGUGCCUGUUUACCAUACUACUACCGACUUUGAUAAACCAACUGUGACGGUGCCAACUAAGAGAGGACCAAAGAUUUCUGUUGUUUCGAUCGAUCACUUGCCUUCUCUUCUUCCAAGAGAAGCUUCUGAGUUCUUCUCACAUGACUUGCUUCCUUACUUGAAACAGCUUCCGGAAAGAAGUCAUGCUCCUGUCUGGGUUCGUGCUAAGAAGAUCUUCCAGCAUCAUGUGAGCAGACUAAACAAGUCCAAGCUAUGA